CUCUCAGCGCCGAGUACUUCCGCGCCUUCGGCGAGGGCUGGGUUCUCUGCAGCGACCAGAGGGCUGGCAUGGCCCUAGGCGCGGCCUUGGCGCUCGAAGGGAGCUCGCAGCCCUCGGCCCUCGCAGCCUUGUUGCCACCUGCCCUGGGCGAGGAGGUCGGGGACGCCUUCGCUGCGCUUGGGCACGACGUGUUCAGGGACAACAGCGUUUACGGUUGCAGGCGCUGCGGGUCUCACUGCGCUGCGGGAGAUGUCCGCGCAGUGCGGAAGCUUGGCUUGAGGUGCGAUGGGCCCUCGCCCGACGAGUCCACGCGCCGCAACCAGCAAGAUGCGAUCAGGGGGGAGCUCUUGCAGCCACGCGGCGACCAUGUCGUGAUUCGCUGCCUUUCCGUGGUCGGCUGGUGGCACGGCGUCUUCGUCGGUGGUGACGCCUCCGUCGGCGGCAAGUUGGCCUGCGACUUCUUCCAGUUGCUCUCCUUCUACAUUGCCUCCUGCUCUUGCGGCGCCGUGCCGCGAGUGGGCGGCGCCGGGGAGUG